GUUAUAAAAAGGACUAUGAAUAAUAAUCACGGUUAUGGUGGUUUUCCCGCUUCCAAUUCCAGUUUCCAAUCAUUUUCAUCUCAGUAUGCAUCAACUCCCACUAAUAAUAACACACGUUUUCAAAGACCAAGAUUUGCAUAUGCUGGCCCUCCCUCGUAUCCUCGUCCGAGAUCAUCUGCUAGCAAACCUAAUCCUGACCCUUAUGACAGUUUUCAAAGUUUUAAUAGUGAAUAUGACUCAAACAAAAAUAGCUCCGUAGAUUACUCCCAUGGAUACGGUGAUAGUAUGAGUAUGAGAAAUAACUUUGGAGAUACUAGUUUACAUAUGAAUGAUUCUUUAACUAUGAACCAGUCUAGAAAUUCUUUUGAUGAUUCUAGUUCUUAUGUUACAUGCAGUGAAUCGUUUUAUCAAUCACCCCUGCGACCAGACUAUUCUAAUUACGAUAAUAAAAAUUUAUCGUUUGGUCCAGCUGACAGAGGGGGACGUGGCACAUUUUCUAAUAAUAAUGCUUUAAGACAGCAAGAUACUUAUUCAAAUACAAAUGUUGGAGGGUCAGCAUUAUUUAAUAAUAAUCCUGUUGGAAUAUCACCUCCAAACUCUGUUUUUCGAGGAUUAACUGGAACUUUUGCUACCAGCACUAAAGGACCUCUUAUUGGAAAUACCAGAGGGCGAGGAACAUUUGGUCAGAAUAGAGGAUAUGCUAGAGGAGGCUUUCAAAAGAAGAAACCAUUUGGGAGAGGUGGUCAACGUUCUAAUCCUGCCAUGGCUUCAAAAUCAACUUGGAAAUGUGAAAUAUGUUCUAUCCAAUUUACUUCUCAAAUUCCUCUCGAUAUGCAUCUACGGGGUUCAAAACACGCAAAAAAGCUGAAAAGCCAAACUGCAUUUAAUUCUAUUCAAGGACAAAUCACACAGAUCAAAGAAAUUGAAAAGUCAGAUGGGAAAAAAUUCUACUGUGAGUUGUGCGAUAUAAUUGCCAAUAGCUCUCUUCAACUUCAAAUGCAUUUAGAUGGAACCAAGCACAAAAAUAAAUUAACCCAAUCUACUGAAAAUACAACAGAAGAAUCUAAAGAUAUGCUGGGAAACAAAAAUGUAAAAGAGAAAGAAGAGCUUAAUGGAAAAAGUAAUGGAGGUGGUGGUGGUGUAAGAAGACCAGCACCUGCAGACUUUAGUGAGCCUCAGCCAGUAAAAAUGACUAAAUUUUCUUGUGAUAUAUGUAAUAUUUUUAUGAAUUCUGAAGUACAACUGCAACAGCACCUAACAAGCAAAAAACAUCAAGCUAAAGUUGAAGGAAAACCAAUAAUCAAAAAGAGGAAAUUUCAAAAGCAGGAUGAAGAGGGUGUGCAACCAAUCGAACAGCAACCUGAAACUGAAAAUGAGACUAAAGUAGAACCUACAAGUGUUGUUGGAGUCAAAACUUUGUCUGCUAGUUUUGUGCGAAGUGAAAAUUUGUUGUAAUUUAAUCCCAUGUGUCAUAUAUAUAAAAUUCAUAAGCAUAAAUGAUUAUAGUACAAUCAUAUUUUGUGUUUGUACUUUCCUAUUAGAAAGGUAAUUUCUUUGGGAAUAUUUUCUGUACUAUAAUCUCAACAAAAUUGCCAUCACAGGAUUUUCGAUAUCAGAGAUUUUUGAACUGUAUUUAAAUUUUUUUUUUCACGACUGCAAAAGCAUGGGAUUAAAUGUGAAGGAAAAGCUGUAUGUAUAUAUAUCAUAUUUAUGUUUAUCCAUUCAUUAAGUAAGGGUUUUCAUACAUGUAUGAGCGUAAAUCUUUUAAAAUGUAGCUUAUUUAGAAUGUUGUAAACUUUUAGUGUAGCUGUUUCUUGCAUAUUAUGUGUGAACAUAAUUUCACAAAUAGAUAUAUUGUUAUGCAAAGUCAAGAUUGGGUUUGAUCAUUAAUACUAUAGAUUUUUGCCAAAAAUGUGCAAAAAAAAAAAAAAAACAUUAUAUCGGUCAUCAAAUGUCCUUCCAUUUCAUUUACUUUGUGUACCGUACAAAAGCACAUUGAAUUUGCUGUUAUGUUAUACAUAGUUGAUUUUGACUUAAUUUGAUAAUAUUAUUUUUUACAUUCUGAUUAAGUUUCAUAUUUUUUAAACCUUACCUUUAAUGUUUUCGUAAAUGCUAUUGUGUUAUCCAAAAGUGUUGACAUGUCUAACAAUAAUGAACUACAAAUAUAAUAAAUAUCUAAUAAUAAAUUA